AUGGCGAAUGUGCCGCAGACUCCGUGCCCCCCGUUCCCCUGCCCGCCGAUGCCGCAGGCGCCGUGCCCGGCCGUGUGCCCCCCACCGCCCCCCCCACCACCAUGUCGGGUUAAGCCCGUCAUGCGCGGUUUGCACUGGGCGCAGACAAGGAAGAGGCUGACUGAAGCGCUGCUUCUCAGCGCUCUAGCCGGAGCGUUGGUGUACUUCGGGUAUACGAAGCCGAAAAUGGAGCGUUACAGGGAGUUUUAUGAACUUUCAGAAUUUGACGACUGGGCCGAUGAAAUGGCAAAAAUGGGUCUGUUUCAAUCUGUUCCUAAAGAAGGCUGGCCAGUUCCCAAGAAAAAAUAGUUUUUUCAUUUGUCAUUAUUAAUAUAAUAUAAAUUUUGUUUGUUUGUACUUGGCU